CUGGCCUCUCCAUAACGGUUUUUCUUGGAUAGCUAGAAUUUUUGACAUAUACGUAUAAAAAUUAAAAUUUAUUAACCAAUUAAAUCUUAUUCUAGAAAUUAACGAAAACUUCACAAUGGCACUUUCAUUAAUACUCAGAAAUACGGCGAAAUUGAGAGGUAUUUCAAGUCCCCCGUUUCAUAGUUUCAGAAGAACCCAAAGCUUUUCUCAGUUGCUCAACAAUCGAAACCAAUUUCCACUAGUCGCAAAAACCAAAAUGAAUCUUGUUAAUGUUAUCAAUCAGACCAAAAGAAAUAUGUCGGCAGAUCAUAGCAAAUUAUGGCCGAUCGAAAAAGCUGUUUCAGUUUUGCUUAUAGGGAUUGCGCCUGCAACUUUUAUUUGUCCUAAUCCAAUUUUCGAUAAUUUAUUUGCUCUAACGACGGUUAUUCACUUCCAUUGGGGACUUGAAGCCGUCGUAGUUGAUUAUAUUAGGCCAGCCAUUUUGGGUCCAGUACUUCCAAAAUUGGCUUUAAUUUUGUUGUAUGUAGUUUCAGCAACUACACUUGGCAGCUUGUUGUACUACAACCAUAAUUCAGAGGGUAUUGGAAAAACUUUCCAAAAAUUGUGGGCAAUUCAAGAGUAAAUAACCAGUAUUUCUGUAAAUAUUUUGUUUGUUUUAACUAAAAUCCUAUUACUGUAAAAAAUGGUUUUAUUUAGAUUGAUUAUGUUAAUUUUUAAUCCUUAUUUUUGGUGUCAAUAAAAAGCAAUCCAAAAUAUUAAGCGCUAAAACUAACCAACACACUAAGUGCAGUGAAAAAAAGCAAGUAAAACUACUAAAAACAAUAUUACCUGUAUAUUCUAAUUUAAAACAGAUUAAAAAUU